AUGGCCGCGCCGGGCUCCUUCCCGCUGCUGGUCGAGGGCUCCUGGGGCCCCGACCCCCCGCGGAACCUGAGCACCAAGUUGCAGUUGUACUUCCAGAGCCCCAGGAGGUCGGGCGGCGGCGAGUGCGAGGUGUGCCCGUGUCCCGGGAGCCCGGGCCGCUUCCUGGUGCUGUUCUCCCCGGAGGACGUUCGGCAGAAAGUUCUGGAGAGACAGAACCAUGAGCUGGCAUGGCCAGGAAAUGGACCAUUCAAGCUAACUCUCAAGUUACCUACAGUAGCAGAUGAAGUCCAUGAUGAGGAGCAAAUUACAACAAAGGAAUCCAAGUCCAAAGACCCAGUCAAACAACCAGAUGUUACAGGAGAACUGGAUACAACACACUCUGUCAACAGAAGACCGGAAAACAUUGAAGACACCCCAAAAGAACCUCUUUCUUCUUUGGUUGUAUUUGAAAAUCUCAAGAACAAUGUGAAUGAUAUAGUGUUGACGUUGUUAGUGGAAAAUGUAAGCGGCCUGUCCAGUGGUGACUUUCAUAUAGAAAUAAUACAAGAUUUUAAAGUUGCCGUGGUGACCUUUCAUAAAAACUUAGACAUCAUAAAAUUUGUUGGUGAUUGUGCCCAGAACAAUAUAGCAAACACCCUUCAACUUUCUCCACGACUUCUGGAAACUACAAAAAUAAUCAAGGUUGAAAACUUGCCCCCUGGUAUGGAUGCCCAAACUUUAGAAGAAUUAUUUGAAAAUCCUCAGAAUGGAGGAGGAAGAGUUGCCUGCAUUAAAUGUUUUCCUGAAGAGAGUUCAGCUCUGAUUGAAUUCUUUGAUAGAAAAGUCUUAGACACCGUCUUGACCAAGAAAUUUGACCUAGAUAAUGUGCAACUCUCUGUGUUCCCAUACUACACCUCUCUGGGCACAGCCUUGUAUGGAAAGGAGAAGCCUCUGAUUAAACUUCCAGCACCAUUCAGAGAAUCACUGGACCAUCUCUUAUGGAAGUUCUUGCAGAAAAAUAAUUACCUUAUUAGAGAGAUAAAUGAUGAAAUGGCCCAUUGUCACUGUGAGCUAACUUGGUCCCAACUUAAUGGGGAAGUUACCAUAAGACCUGCAGCCACUUUGGUCAAUCAGGGAAGGAAGAAAAUCAAAACCUGGCAACAAGAUGCUUCCAUAGCAUUCUCAGACCUCAGGUCUAGAUACAAGAUCGCCUCAUUCAAGGUGGCCCCAAUCAUGUGGGACACCAUAAAGAACAGUGUAAAACAUGAUUGUCUUUCAAUUGAGUUUGAUUCACUUAUGGAGCUUGUCAUCUUGGUGGGGAGAUCAGAGGAUAUAGAAGACAUUGAGUCACAUGUCAAAGAAUUAAUACAAAGCACCACUGAACAAAUCAAAAGAGCAGAGCAAAAUCUGGAAGAAAAACUGACCAUUUCUCUAGGGAAGUAUUCUCUGUUGCAUGAAAGUAGAACAUUGGAGGUUAUCUGCACCAAAUUUCCAGAGAUAAAGACCAUUUAUGAUGAUUCCACUCAGCACAUGUACUUCCAAGGACCCCAGGCAGAUGUUCAGAAAGUCAAGUGUGAAAUCCAGGAGAAGGUGUCUAGUAUGACUCAGAAAAACAUUCAAGUUCCCCCUGAGAUUUUCCAGUUUUUGCAACAAGUAAAUUGUAUAGAGUUUUCCAGGUCUCUUUUUAUAGCACAGAAAAUUCUUGCAUUUUAUGAGCUACGGUCUACAUCUGUUCUCUUAACCAGUUGUUCUUCUGUAGCACUAGUUGAAGCUGAAAAGCAAAUGAUGAGUACCUUAAAUUAUAAGUGCAUUGAGGUUGAAGACAGGAAAGUUUUUCAUAACAAGAAAUGGAAAGAACUCAUCAGCAAUUUGCAGGAUUACAAUUCCUCCUCCUCAAAAUGUGUAAUAAUUCAUGACAUAACUCCAGAAACUGCCGCCAAGGUCAUCAUAGCAGGCUGUGUGGGAGAAGUAAAUCAAGUUCACAAAUCACUGCUGGACUUCCUGGAAACACAAACAAUAAUCAAGAAAUUGUUUGAAGUCAAGCCUUCCUUAGUUUUUUAUUAUUUAAAAUCAGAAAAGAAAUUAUUUUGGCAACAGUUAAACAUGAAAAAUGUGCAGGUACAAUUUAAUUCGGAAAGUUUCCCAAAGAGUAUUUUAUUGACUGGCCCCAAGAGCCAAGUUGAGGAGGGAAUGAAGCUUCUCAAGCGUGUCCGGGACUCAGUCUGUGUUAGAAGCAUCCAGAUUGACAAGCCGGGAACCAGACAAUUCUUCCAGGAAAAAGCUCGGUUUUAUAAAAGUGAGGUGAAAAGGCUAUUUGGUUGUUUUGUUGAACUUCAGAAGAAUAAAGAAAGGGAGGACGGCGGCAGUGACGGCCAGAAGUGGUACCUCAGGACAGAUGUGGCCCCUGGGGUCUUGCUGGUGGUGCAGCAGGGCAUCCUGACCCAGUUUCCAGUGGAAGUGGUGGUCAAUGUGGCCAACGAGGACCUGAAACACGUCAAGGGCCUCGCGGCUGCUCUCUCCAAAGCCGCGGGCCCUGAGCUCCAACGAGACUGCGACCGGAUAGUGAAGAGCCAGGGCAAGAUCCUCCCGGGAUGUGCCACCAUCUCCAAAGCUGGAAACCUCCCGUAUGGCCACGUGAUCCACGCAGUCGGGCCCAGGUGGGAGAAGGACAAGGCCCAGGACUGUGCGUAUACGUUAAGGAGAGCUGUGCAAAAAAGCCUGCGUUUGGCCGAAGACCACAAGUACCGCUCCAUCGCCAUCCCUGCUAUUCGUCCUGGAGCCCUGGGCUUUCCCUUACCACAGAGUAUGGAGGCCGUUAUUUGGGCCAUCAUGGAAUAUUUCCAUUUUCACUCAGAGCAACACAGCCUGAAGGAAAUUUAUCUUAUAGAUGCAGCUGAGAAAACCGUUGAAGCCUUUGCUGAAACUGUGGAAACUGAGAUUCAAGACACUCUGCCUGGUCCUGCUUCCCAGCCUCAUGUUAGAGAUGCUGUACCAGCAGACUUGAGGAAGGAUCAUGGAAACAGACAAAUUCUGUGGGCCCCAGGAGGCUUGAAGGUCCUGAUGGUUAAAGGAGAUAUACAGAGUGCAAAUACUGAUGUUGUUGUCAAUUCCAUUUCCUCGGAUCUUGAACUUAAUCAAGGGCCUCUUUCUCGUGCCCUCUUGAAAAGUGCCGGGCCAGAGCUUCAGAAGGAAUUGAAUAGAGCUGGAAAAACCAUGACUGUGAAUGUCGGCACAGUUCUUCAAACAUGUGGCUGUAAUCUGCCUUGCCGUUAUGUGCUUCAUGUGGUGGCUGCAAGUUGGAGAAAUGAUAAUUCACACAAGAUCAUGGAAGGUAUAAUCAGAAAAUGUUUGGAAGUCACUGAGAGCCUGUCCUUAAACUCAAUCACAUUUCCAGCAAUAGGAACAGGAAAUUUGGGCUUUCCUAAAAAAGUUUUUGCUGAGUUAAUCCUGUCAGAAGUGGUCAAAUUUAGUAGCAAGAAUCAAACAACAACUUUACAAGAGGUUCAUCUUCUGCUACAACCAAGUGAUCAUGAAAAUAUUCAGGCAUUUUCAGACGUAUUUGCCCAAAAGGCUACUGGAAAUUUCCCCAGUGACAAAAUUUUCCAGGCUGCAGAUGCACAAGGUUUCUGUGGGAUGGCCUCUAGCCCUAAUAAAGGAGCACAUCAAAUGAAGAUUGGUCCCAUUAUUUUUCAGGUGGCCACUGGAGAUAUCACCAAGGAAGAGGCCGAUGUGAUUGUAAAUUCAACAUCAGACACAUUUAAUCUCAAAGCAGGUGUCUCCAAAGCAAUUUUGGAAAGUGCUGGAAAAGAGGUGGAAGUGCAAUGUUCUCUUCAAGCUCAGAAGAGCAACAGUGGUUUUAUUGUUACUGAAGGUGGAUUGUUGAGAUGUAAGAAUAUAGUUCAUAUAAUUGCUGUAAAAGAUGUCAAGAGUUCAGUUUCCUGUGCUAUGCAAGAAUGUGAAAAACGGAAUUAUUCCUCCAUUUGCCUCCCAGCUAUUGGAACAGAACAAGCCAAUCAAGAUCCAGUCAAAGUUGCUGAAGCCAUCAUUGAUGCCAUUGAAGACUUUAUCAGGAAGGGAUCUGUCCGGUCAAUGAAAAAAGUUAAAGUUGUUUUGUUUCAACCUCAAUUACUAGAAAUAUUUUAUGCCAGCAUGAAAAAAAGAGAAGGCCCUAAGAUUUCUCCACGGCAAUCUAUAUCUAAAAUUGCAUCACAUUUGGCCUACGUAAAACAAUUUUUCAUGGAAAAAAAUCCCUCGGUUUUGGAAAAACAAACUGAAUUAGCGGUUCUUCAAGUAUGUGGUGACAAUGUAAAACAUGUGGAAAGUGCCCUCUCCUGGAUACAAAAUCUGAUUAUAAAGGAGCAAUACUCUUAUAUCAGUGAAGAUGAAGGUAUCAAAGACUUUGAUGAAAAAGAGUGCCAGGAGUUAUAUGCACUACAGAUGAAAUUAAGGAUUGUUAUUUCUUUGGACAAUAAAAAACCUUUUAUUGAGGUCUGUGGAAUUAGCAGAGACGUUAUGGAGGCUAGAAAUAAGAGUGAGGAAAUGAUCAGGAGAGUUAGAUCAGACAAAGAACAGGAUUCCCAAGCAGAUUGUCUCAGUGAAUUUAUAGAAUGGAAAUAUAAUAACAACAUUUAUUAUCCUUUUGACAAAAUAACCAAUAUGCAAUUGGAGGAGGCAAGGAAAACAAAGGAAAAGAAAAUGGAUGUCAAAAUUAAACAUCAGACCUACACAGUAGACUUAACCACAUACACAGCCACAAAUGCAGUGGGAGACACAUUGCCUAUUCAGCGCUUCAAGAAAGCUGAAGUUGAAAUCCCUUCACACUGGAGUGAUAUGAAGCAACAGAAUAUCUGUGUGGUUGACCUACCACCUAGUCAUGCAGAAUACAAAGAGGUGGCACGCCAGUUUAAUAAGACCUGCUCAAACUUCGUCAUAGAGAAGAUUGAGAGGAUCCAGAAUCUAGAUCUCUGGAAGAGCUACCAGGUACAAAAGAAAACCAUGACUGCCAAGAAUGGCAACAGAAGAAAUGAGACACAACUCUUCCGUGGAACAGAUGAGGAAUCAGUGCCUCUUGUGAACAUGAAUGGCUUUAACUGCAGUCAUGCUGAAAAGAAUGCAGCAUUAUAUGGAAAAGGAACAUACUUUGCUGUCAAUGCCAGUUAUUCUGCUGAUGACACAUACUCCAAACCAGAUGCCAAGGGGAAAAAGUAUAUGUAUUAUGUGCGAGUUCUCACUGGAAUCUAUACAAGUGGGAAUUCAUCCUUAAUUGUGCCUCCUCCAAAGGAUCCUCAAAAUCCUGCUGACAGGUAUGAUACUGUCACAGACAAUGUGCAAAAUCCCAACUUAUUUGUGGUUUUUUAUGACUAUCAGGCUUACCCAGAGUACCUCAUUACUUUUACAGAGUGACAUUUUGGUAAAGAAAUUAUUCACCUACACAUAUCUGAUUGUAAAAACCAUGUUUCUUCCUUUCUUCUCUAUCUCUCUGUCUAUGUCUCCAUGAGGCACACCCACAUGCUCAGUGGCCACUUCUAGUUCAGUGAUCAGAGGUCACUCCCAACAGUGCUCAGGGGACCAUGCACUUCCUGAAAUCAAAUGGGUACAAAGUAUGAGCUCUGAGUUAUCUCGCAAGGCAUUUUUAUAAGAUCAAGUAACCCCUGUUACUUGAAAUCUUUAGCUUCUACUUGAAAACUGGAUGAACCACAUUUAUGAGAAAUGAAGUUGAGAAUUUAAAUCAGAUAACAUAGUUAUAACUGUAUGGACUCCAAAUUUAUGAAAGAAAACAGUAGGUUUAUGAUUUCAAGUCAGAGAGAAUAAUAGUGCAGUAAGUG